UUUUUCAGUGAUGAUAAACACAUUUUAUGAGUUUAACUUCACGUUUAUGCCAAAAUGGAGAAUAAACUCUGGAGAAUCGGAUUUAAACCUCCUGCAGCCAAUCACAGUGCUGCUGCCUUCAGGGUCAGCUGUCCUGUGGGACGUCUGGACGUCGACUAUAAGACGAUCUGAGGGGAGACUCGGUGUCCUGAUGAGGAUCCAGCAGCAGGUGAGGCAGCGCCAUGUUGGACGCUCCGCUCACCAGGAACUUGUCCCACUCCAGCUUCCGGCUCAGAUGUUUUCCGGAGCUGCAGGACCGCCGCUGGAUUCUGGCGCUGCUGUUCUUCCUCUGCUUCCUGUCUGUGCUGCUGGGAAACUCUGCGCUGGUCUACGUGAUCCGCAGGGUGGCGCGCCUGCACAGCCCCAUGUACGUCCUGGUGUGCCUGCUGUGCGUGGUGGACGUCCUGCUGGCCUCCGUCAUCCUCCCCAACAUGCUGCUCAACCUGCUGUUCGACUGGAGCCACAUCUCGCUGGCCGGAUGCCUCAUCCAGAUGUUUUCCACGUACUUCCUGUCGUCGCUGGAGUCCACGCUGCUGUUGGUGAUGGCGCUGGACCGUUACGUCGCCAUCUUCAAGCCGCUGCGCUACAUGGACAUCAUGAGCUCCUCCGCCUUCCUGAAGCUGCUCGUCUUCGCGCUCCUGCGCAGCGUCUCCAUCAUGUCGGCGCUGGUGGUUCUGGCCGGUUCUCUGAGGUUCUGCGACUCCAACGUCAUCCAGCACUGCUACUGCGACCACAUGGCGCUGGUCCGCCUGGCCUGCGUCAGUACGCAGAGGAACCGCGCGGCUGGGCUGGCGGUGAUUGUCUGUUUCGUGGGUGUGGACAUCCCCGUCAUCUUCUUUUCCUACGUGAAGAUCGUGAAGGUCGUGGUGCGAGCGGCGGCGGCCAGCGAGGAGCGCCUGAAGGCGCUUCACACCUGCAGCACGCACCUGAUGGUCAUCGUGUGUUUCUACCUGGUGGGCACCAUCACCUUCCUGUCUGGCAGCCUCAACAUUCCCAUAGCAACGGGCCUCAACACCCUGAUGGGCGUCGCGUACAUCCUGAUCCCCGCGACGGUCAAUCCCAUCAUCUACGGCGUUCGCACCAAAGAGAUCCGCCGAGGCCUUCAGAGGAUGUUCAAGCUCAGAGAAAGGAAGAUCGCGUCUCUGAAGGUUUCUUCUGGAAAACGACAGACGCUGAGGACAUCCGGUUAGGAGCCCACAAGUCUGACUCUUCAGAAGUAACGCAGUAUAAAGUAUUCAUGAACCAAAGGCCUCCAUCUUAAUACCGUGACUUUAACCAAUACUGAAAACAAAUUAGGAGCGUCCAAAGUAAUCCGGUUCUCAAGGGCCGCACCUGAUUGGACCAGCAGGUCAUUGUGGGCGGAUCCCAGUGUGAACGUUAGAGUUUCUCCAUGAUAGGAAGUGUUUUCAAUAACAUCAACUAUUGGUAACAAAUAAAAACCAUUUUAGUUGUGCUAA